GUCUCCAAGGUCUACAAGCGGUAAUCUGGAGAUCGAUAAAUUCCUCGAAGAAACAAUAUACGCUUCCAAUACCAAUUCGUCUGUUUCUAAUGAUAUCUCUUUAAAAUCGGUUGUCGAUAAAUCUUUGAAGUGGAUCCCGUACGAAGAAUUCAGUAAUUUAACAAAGAUUGGCGAGGGAGGAUCUGGCAUUGUCUACUCCGCAAUUUGGAAUGACGCUCCAGAACAAAAAUAUGAUUUGAUCUGGAAUAAAAGACGAGUGGUGCUCAAAGUAUUGGUGAAGAGUGGGUUCGGAUGUGUAAACUUUUUGGAUAAGUUAAGAUUCUAUUAUCAAUGUAUGAGCUCGGGAAGAAUAUUGCCAUGUUACGGGAUAAGUCGUGAGCCCCUAACGAACCAUUACAUUUUGGUAAUGCAGUACGCCAGCGAAGGUGAUCUCGGAAAUUACGUUCGACAAGCUUUCGGCCAAUUCGAUUGGUGGAAACGGAUAGAUAUGUUGAGAGACGUGAUACUUGGCUUGAAUUCCAUACAUUCGGCAGGAUUAAUUCACCAGAAUUUUCAUAGCGGGAAUAUUCUAGUGCAUGGAUAUGGGAACAAUAGCAAUAACUUGGAUACUUAUAUAUCGGAUCUUGGGAUGUACCAUCAGUUCCCUUCAACAAAAAUAGACAAUGACGAUACUGGUCCUAUUGCUGCCAAUAGGAUAAAAGUGUUCGGCGUUCUCCCGUAUAUUGCCCCUGAAGCAAGGCCGACUGUCGAUGAAUUGUUAGAAGAAUUCAGAGAUUUGUCUAUUUAUAGAAAUCAAAUUAAUCGGGCAGAAGUUUCAAGGCUGGCUAUGGUAGAAAAUUUACUCAAUAAUGAAUCAAAAAGAGUCAAGAGACACGCAGAGGCAUUUUAUUCUAGUAGGUUGUUGGAAUUUGAGAAUUUGCCUAGGCCGAUUAAUGCCGAGAUAGAUGAAGAUUCCGAAGACCAAGAUGACUCUUAUAUUUUCAUUACAAAUGAAAAAAUCUUUGUAAAAGAUCUUAAUUUAGUAAAAGUUCGCCGCCGUGCAUAUAGUGUCACAUCCGAUGAUCGCCAUUCCAAAACAUCCAGAAAAGACAGGCGCAGUAUGCAAAUUUUUCAAUCUCCCGUGCUUCCUCAGCAACUUCAACAAAAUCCUGCGCGGAACCUGAACCAACGC